CAUACAUGCAGUUCCUCCAAAGGAGGUUGGCCGCCCUCCUGGCGCUUGCCUGUUAUUUUAUACUCCCAGCAAUAGCCAGUGGAGAGGUCCAACCGAUUGGAAUCGAUUUCGGCCCUGAGAUCAUACGGAAUGACACGUAUGGCAUCUCCAUGCGUCACCUUCGUCAGGAAGCCUACGAACAGAACAAUGUAGCCGCCAUGUAUGGUGAGAGAGCUGGACUGAUUUCAUGGAUUACCAAGGCCGUGGCGGCGGGGAUUCAUGAUCUGGUGCCACUAUCUGUUCAACAAAGCAUCACCGGCUCGGACGUUUUUCAAGCAGCGUCUGGAGUCAUAAAGACCACAUUCCACGCUAUGAUGACAUUUCUCGGAGUCAACUACUCCUCUUCCCCGUCAGCAACUCUAACAUUUGACGACAUCAAGACGGAGUUCGUUUCCGUUCUUACUGAGCUCAAAGCCCAAGCACUGAAUAACCACGACAUCGACAUUGAAUCCGCGAUAGUCGCUAUCCCGCAGUUUUUCAACAGCACUCUCACCGAUCUCGUAUGGACAGCGUGCUGGGAAGCCGAAAUCAGUCUCUCCCGCGGACUGGAAGCUCGGACAAUCCUCGCCGCGUUCAAUCAAACCCAGGAGACGCAGAUGGACAAUCCCGACAUACGAUACCUGGUCCUGGACCUGGGGGAGUUCUACCUGGAUUCACGAACGUAUAAUACCGACAGGCGCGCCGGUAUCAGAGAGGGAUAUCUUCCUAUGGAUCAAUGGGGCACUGAGUCCAUUGAUCGACAUUUGACCAGUCGUUUGGUCAAGGGCUCUGAAGCACUGAGGUUUCAGAUCUCCCUGGGAGCGCGGGAGAGUGAUCUUUGGGAGCGGGUGAAGCAGGCUCGUUUGAUGAUGCGAAACUACGCAGAUGGCAUCGGGACGAAGGAGCCCAGCGAACAUGACAGACAUCAAGAUGAGUGGCCGCUUGAUUUAAGCGGCUGGGGGUAUCAGGAGUUUGAGGAGGUCAAGGCCUUCCUUACGUGGAAGGAUAUUGAACUGGUCGAGAACCCUUACGUGGAUAGCCUGGCGGACAACAUCGCAGCUCAUUUGACCGCAUUAAGAGAAUACCACAUGGAUGAGACGCACAAGGACGACGGAAUCCCACAAAGGAUUGAUAAGCUGGUUAUUUUGACUGCCGGUCGCGAUGGUCACCUGGCCAAGAAGGCAGUCCAGCAAGCUCUUGGUGACCAUAUCGAUAUCAUCGGAGGGACAGUGCAUGAUUCUGGGCUUGCUGCCAUUGGAGCAGCUCGUUCUGCAUUGGAGAAAAUACAGAAGCAAGUAUGGACCAAGUACCAGGUAUGGAUACAACACGAUGAAAUAUGACAGUGAUACAAUUCUUUUCAAAAGUUCCUGUGCCCGUUAAAGAUAUUAUAGAUU